AUGUCGUUUUCUUUCGGUUCAGGGUCUACACCGGCUUUCGGUAGCUAUAAUAGGGGACUCGCUACGCAGUCCAAUGCAGCGCAGCCUAGUUUUGGCGUCGGCGGUGUCGGUUCUGGUGACCCCACGAGUGUCGGCAGCGUCGGAGGCAACGCACCCAGGCCUGGUGCCGGUAGUGCACUGGCCGCGCAGGGCUUCGCGGGUACACCGAACCCACCAAUGGAUGCUUCUCGGCUACCGGAGGCUCUCGAGCUCUGCUACUAUGCACUGGAUCCAACAAGUCCGGACUAUCCCUUCGCUUUUUAUUCCUACAAUCGGCGUGAGGACGCAGAUGCGCCGCAGCCAGGCGCGGAGACGGUACAGGCACCACCCUGCCCACCGAGACCUCUCGCUCAGUUGUGGAUCGAAGCUGUAGAGUCUAAUCCGGAUCCGAAAAAAUAUGCCGUGGUAAGAAUCGCAGGGUUCCCAGGCCUGCAAGAGCGUGCAGCCCUGCAAACCCGUCGCCUGGAAGAGCUCCGACGUGCCACCGAGGACAUCGAACAGCGGAUAUCUCGACUACGUGUCACGUUUGAGCAGCAUAUCGUCAACAGGUUGGAACGAAUUCGAGCACAGCACUCUCUGUUGGAGACAAAGUUUCUCACUGUUGUGGCGCUCCUGGAAUGCACGCUUGUAUCCAGGACGGCUGUUGAGACGGCCACCGGAGCGGUGCCGCCGAGCGCCGCAGGUCGAAGCGCGCUCGUCCUCAAACGAGACAGUGUAGCGGAGUCGCGUCUCCGCGCACGGCUAGAUGCCGUGCGGAAACAGCUUGACGGUGCGAAUGGUACGCGCGCUCGCGCGUUGAGGGCGCUUGAGGCCACCGCCACAGUCCUUGGACUAGAUAUCAGUAGCAGUCCAGAAUCGAUUCCAGCGGCGUCAGCUUCGGGGAAGAGCGGUGGCCAAUCCUCCACUAUAGGGCGGAUCCGCCCCGCGGAUACUGUUUCUGAGCGACAUCUGCUCGAGAUCCUGGAGCGUGAACGUCAGGGUAUGGAGCAUGUGUUCGAAGUAUUGGAACACGAUAGGCGGGAAACGGAGACACUUUGGAGAGCGGCUCGUGAGCUGAUCGGCCCCACGCGCUGA